AUGGAUGGACCGGAGAAGCAACUCAACGGUUUGCACUUUCUUCAAAACCCCGAAGUGAUCACCGACUCCUCCGACCAAACCAAAUCACCGGCGAGUGGUAAUAAAAACAGAGUGAUCGUCUAUUUCACCAGCCUACGAGGAGUGAGGAGGACGUACGAGGAUUGUUGCUACGUAAGAACAAUUCUACAGAGACUAGGAGUCAAAGUUGACGACAGGGACGUGUCAAUGCAUUCCGGCUUCAAGGACGAGCUGAAAGAGCUUUUAGGCGAAAGCUACGGCGGCGGCGGCUUGCCCAGAGUGUUCGUCGGAAAAAAUUACAUCGGCGGAGCGGACGAAAUCUGGCAAAUGCACGAGGACGGGCAGCUAGAGAAGCUAGUCGAAUUCUGCGAAACGAGCGACGAUUGUGGGGCGUGUGGCGAUAUCAGGUUUGUGCCAUGUGAGACAUGUUCAGGAAGCUGUAAAAUCUACUCGAGUUGCUGAAGAACAUCGCCGGAAAUGGAGAAGAAAGUCGCCGGAAAUG